AUGAUAAGCAAUAAUUUGGCAAUAAACCAGUUUUUCUUGAAGAAAAAGUCAGCGAGUGAUGAUGAUCGGGAGCUAGAUAAUGAUUUUCCGACUUGGGUUACACCCGGCGACCAAAAAUUGUUACAUACAGGUUCACUUCGCACAAAGGCUAAUUUAGUCGUGUCUCAGGCCCGUGGGAGUAAGUUCCGAACCAUUCAAUUAGCUCUAAAAUAUGCAGCAUGUUAUAAUCAUCGGAACAAAAGAUAUAUCAUCUACAUAAAGAGAGGAGUUUAUAAGGAGAACAUCGAGAUUGGAAACGAUCUAAAUAAUAUCAUGUUCCUUGGUGAUGGAGCUAGAUACACCAUUAUCCCUGGUUCCCGGAGUGUCGGCGGCGGUUUCACAACUUAUAGCUCUGCAACCGUCGUUUACUUAAUUAUCAUCAGGAUGUUGGUUUUGGAGGUCGCUUUGCAGAAAGCUCAAGAAGCUCAAAGUUGCAGUAACGACCUCAGUAAUAAAAGCAAGAGCAAAAGAAAGAUGGUGGUGUGGCUCGAUUGCAACAAGAUCUGGGUUCAAUUUGCAAUGGUGAGAGCUGGUGGUGGUUAA